AAGUAAUUAAUCUGGCGUGGGAAAUUCUAGAGGUGAAUGUUUUGGGUAAGUGACAAGUAAUUAAGGAAGAAGGUGUCACAGAUUGGAAAAUGUUUCUGAAUUGUUUGGGGUGCAAGCAAAUAACUGACAGAAGCUCAUCUCAGACUCAGAAGCAGUAUCCAACUGUAAUAGAAGAGUUGUGCCAUCAAUUUUCACUGGCGGAACUUAAGAAAUCAACCAGCAACUUUGAUGAAAACAGAGUAAUUGGACGUGGAUUAUUUAGUCAAGUAUACAAAGGUUGUCUCCGUCACAAUGGUGCUUCUGAUUUCACAGUCGCAAUAAAGCGAUUUACUGAACGCAAUCAAGGAUGGGAAGCGUUCAAGAAGGAAAUAGAGUUGCUCUGCCAGCUUCGUCACCCUAAUAUUGUCUCUCUUAUAGGAUUCUGCAACCACAAAGAUGACAAGAUUGGUGUGUUCGAGUACAUGUCCAAUGGAUCUCUGUAUGACCGGCUACUACAAGGUGGGGAACUGUCAUGGAAGAAAAGGCUAGAGAUCUGCAUUGGAGCAGCGCGUGGACUACACUACCUUCACACAGGAGCCAAGCGCACCAUCUUUCACUGUAUUCUCAGUCCCAAUACAAUUCUUUUGGAUGCCAACAUGAAGCCAAAACUUGCAGGUUUUGGCGUUAACGUACAGGGAUCACGUUUUAUGUCAAAGACUAAACAAAUCAAUAUAGAACGCAUCACGGGUACUCUUGGCUACAUGGCUAUGGAAUAUGCCAUCAACGGUACCGUGACAGAUAAAUGUGACGUUUUUUCAUUUGGUAUGAUCCUACUAGAAGUUGUGUGUGGAGAGAACUAUUUAGAAAUGCCAAUAGAAUUUAUGGAGAGGCCUGUUGAGGAGAAAAUUGACCCGAAUAUCCAAGGAAAAAUUGCACCACAAUGUUGGCAAGUGUUUAUAGAUAUAGUCCAGAGAUGUGUCAAGCUUGAACCUGAUGAGCGACCAGCAAUGGGUGAAGUUGAGGUUGAACUUGAGCAUGCUCUGUCCUUGCAGGAACAAGAGGACAUCACAAACACUAAUGAUGAAUAUACUUUAUUGUCCAAAACCAUUAUUGACCUAAGACUAGAGUGGGAAUAUUUUGAGCGUGCUCUGUCAUUGCAACAAAAGGAAGAUAUAUCCCCAGAGACAGUGACUUAGAAGACUUGGUUAUUUGCUGAGAUCAAUUCGCGAUCACUAAUAUAGGGCCACAACUCACAAACAAAUAAUAUAAAAGAACUAGACACCACAUCCAAUCUAUAGCUUUUGUGGCAAUCCUUGCUUUUAGCAUUUUGAAUCUUAUUGUGUCCCAAGUUAUCAUUGUAAUUCUCUUGAACUAGUGUAAAUUUGAAAGCAGUGAAGGACA